AUGGAGAUGGCGGGGGCGGCCGAGGCGGACACGCCGUCGAAGGAGCCGGUGCGCACGGGGCGGAGCAACACCAUCCUGCUCCCCAUCGUCGGCAUCCUCUUCGCCUACCUUCUCUACCGCUUCCUCCGCCCGCGCCUCCGCGGCCUGCGCCUCGACCGCUAUCUCCCGUCGGGCGUCCGCCUGCCCGCCUGGCUCCGCCGCCGCGCGCCCAGCGGGAGCACCGUGCUGCCCUACUUCGCGCCCAUCGCCGACCGCCUCGGCGCGCUCCCCUACCUCGGCCCCUUCGCCGACCGCCUCGGCGUCGGCCCGCACGGCGGCCACGGCGCCGCCCAGCAGGCGCUCGUCAAGUUCCCCGGCGGGGAGGCGCUGUCGGUGGCCGCCAUCCUCGAGGCGCCCGGGGAGGUGGUCGCCAAGUCCGCGCACAGCACGCUGUACCGCGCCGCCAUGCGCUCCGGGGAGGCCGCCGUGCUGCUCCGGUUCGUGCGCCCCGCGUGUGCCGUCGCCGCCGACGAGGCCUACGCCGCCGCGCGCCGGAUCGGCGCCGUCAGCCACCCGAACCUCGUGCCGCUCCGCGCGGUGUACGUCGGCCCCAGGGGCGAGAAGCUGCUCGUGCACCCCUUCUACGCCGCCGGCUCGCUCCACCGCUUCUUGCAAGAGGGAAUCGCGGAGUCGCAUAGAUGGAACAUAGUUUGCAAUCUUUCUCUUGGCAUUGCCAAGGGACUGGAUCACCUGCACACAGGCUUGGACAAACCGAUGGUCCACGGCAACCUCAAGACGAGCAACGUUCUUCUCGACGCCAGCUACGAGUGUAAGAUAUCGGACUACAGCCUCUACCUCCUGCUGAACCCUGCCGCUGCCCAGGAGAUGCUCGAGGCCUCGGCGGCGCAGGGGUACAAGGCACCCGAGCUGAUCAAGAUGCGGGACGCCACACGCGAGAGCGACGUCUACAGCCUCGGAGUGGUUCUGCUCGAGCUGCUCGCGCAGAAGGAGCCCGAGGGCGCGGACGACGGCCGGCCGAACCCGCGGGACAUCCUCCUCCCGGCCUCCUUCAAGAACCUGGUCCUGGAGCGGAAGAUCUCCGACGCGUUCAGCUCUGACCUCGCCAGGCACUGCAAGAGGUCCGGGAAGGAGAAGCACCUGAACGCGUUCUUCGAGCUCGCCACCGCCUGCUGCAGCCCGUCGCCGUCGUUGAGACCCAACACGAGGCAGAUUCUCAAGAGGCUCGAGGAGAUCGCGAGAUGA